UACCUCAAAUACCUCCUGUCAACAAGUUCAGAAGACACCCGCUAUGGAGUCCAAGAUUAAGACCACUACCAAGCCCACAAACAAGCCGUCUACAGCUGAUAAGAUCAUUGAUCAGAAUAAAAAACUAAGAUCAACUUUAAGAACAGUCAAAAUGGACAAUAUUCAACUGAGCAGAAAAUUUGAGGCUCUUCAUUCAACAAUGAAUUUACUGACCAAACAGUUGAAAGAGGAAAAGUAUAAGAAUUCUACGCUUACUGAGAAAUUUAAUAAGGAGUUGUUAGAAGAUGAGGAUUGCCAAUGCAUUAUUUGUUAUGGAGUAUUCAUAAAGCCAUCAUUGCUUAGUUGCUCACAUAUGUUUUGUGAAUGGUGCAUUGACAAAUCAUUAGAGAGAUACAAUUAUUGUCCAGCAUGUCGAGUUGUGGUGGUCAGUUAUACGCACUGUUUAAAUAUGAGCAACUUUAUUCAAAGAAAGAUGGCACUGAUGCCUGAAAAAUUUCAAUUGGCAUACAAAAAUUUAUCAACAAUCCGAGCUGAGGAAAAACAAUUAAGUACGGAGAUUCGUGAACAGCGUAUGCGUCUCGAAUACAUCACUAUGCAAUUGAAUGGACAUCGCUCAACUUAAUAUUUAUCGCUGUAUAAUGUGCACUGGUAAAUUUAUUUCAA